AUGGUGAAGGUAAAGGCUUCCAAGUCGAAGCGCAUGUCUUCGAAGCAGCGCCAUAAGAUUGACCGAAAAAAGCGCGAGCACAAGCGCGAUCUGAAGAAAGCGGCGAAGGCGCUUAAGAAGACUGGAAUGGCUCCCAAGAGGAGCAAGAAGUCACGCGACAUGGCAAAGCUGGCGCUGAAGGUGUCAAACCGUCACCCAGACAAGGAGCAGAUCCUCAGCCACGUACUAAAGGCGCGUGAAACUGCGCGCGUGAUGAAGGCAGAGCGUCGCGCCCGCAAGGGCACCGAUGCCGAGACGGACGGUGGCGAAGAGAACCAGCCAAUCAGCGUCGGUGCGUGUGCUAGCAACCGGCGUCAGCUGCUCUACAUUUCCGCAAAGGACUCGAAUCACUUUCGUGUGCAGUUUAACCGCGCGCUCACGGAGCUCAUCUUUCCUGCCGCGGCGACGGGCGAGGAUGCUGCCGAUGCGCCUACACUGGAGCUUCCUGCUGCAGCGUACGUUGUGACGCUCGACGCCCGGUUCGCGGUGCAGUCGAUGCCGUGGACUCUGUUGGACGCCAUCAUUGACCAGGCCGCCGACUACACAGGAGGGCGGAAGGUUCUGCUGCUCUUCACUUUGACGAAGGCAGACGUGGUCUCUGCUCCCGCUAUGGUGUCGCAGCUCGCUCUCGUGGCCUUCGCCCUUCAGCAGCGCUACCCCAAGGGCCUCGGCGACAACAUCGUAGCAACUGUCACACCCUUUUCGGUUCAUAGCGAGCGCACGCAGCGCCAGUUUCUGCGGGUGUUGAAUCAGUUCCGUCAGAACGAGGACUGCAGCUGUAAGAAGAUGGCAUCGAACUUGGCAGGCAAGAUUUGUGCGUUUGUAAUUGGACUGCCCAACACCGGCCGCCGCACGCUGUGCCGUACCCUCUCGAGGGAGGCCAACGAGAGCAGUGUGAGCACCGUGCCGCUGCGCGCCGCCCAGCUGCAGCUCAUCCGAUCUGGCCUCACCGAGGAGGAGGAGAAGGUGCACACGAAGUUUGCCAUGCCCAAUGCAAAGGCAGUGACGCUGGUGCAGCUCCCGGAGGAUGCCGGCAUGAUGAAGGAGCUGCGCACCCCGGUCGGCGGCGACGCGCUUUUCCGCUCUUUGGCGUUCGUGGAGCGCGCCCCGGAGCCGGAGGCGAUAGGGUGUGUGUUGUUUGACGGGGUCGCUGACAAGACAACUAUGGCGCAGGCCUUCUGCGUGCCGGCGGUGGGCGGGGCAGAGGGCGACGAGAGGAACUCGCUCAAAGUGGCGGAAAAGUUCCUGCGCGAGCUGGGCCGCGCUGUGCGUCGGGAUGGUGGCUUCCACGUGUCCCCGCUCUUCGCGUCGGACGCGGGCACCAUGGGCAAGGUGACCAGUAGCAGUCUCACCGGGCACGGCGGCUUCAACUCGGGCCAGCAGCGCAGCCAGUCUACCCUUCUGAAUGUCACCUAUAGCAACGCCACGCCAAGCAAGCUCGUGCACAUCUCAACUGCCAUGAAGAAAGGCAAGGGCAAGGCCAGCAGGUACCAGAAGGUCUCGCGCGCCGACGCGCACAACGCGCUUCGGCUCGGCGCCCGCACGUUCCUGCGCGAGAUGUCGGAGGGGCGCCACGUGCCGUGGGCCGUCAUGCGCGCGCCUGGCAACGUCACACUGACGCCUGCCCAGGUCGGCGCUGCGUCGGAGAUCUUCUCGGUCGCGGCUGCCGAGGGCAAGCGGCUCGCAGGAACGGACGAGCUGAAAGGAACGGACCACCUCAACGCCCUCGUGUGCGUCUUUGAUACAGCGGUGCGUGACAUUGGGGUCAUUUUACCAAACGGCGUGGUCGAGAUGAGUCCUGACUUCCUGACGCCUCCUCAGUACAAGCUGGAGAAGGAUGAGGCGGCCGUGGAGGAGACUGAUGAGGAUGAUGUAGAAGAGGCUGCUGGCGAGCAGGGCGGCGGCGAUGAGGAAAGCUGCGAGGAGACGGCGGAGGGCAGCGAGGAGAUCGAGCUGGAGGACGACGAGGAGUCGUAG